AUGUUCGAGCAGGCAACAAUUGUGGCCAAAGUUCGAGCACGUUGGCCUAUUCACCCGGGAUACAUGCACACAUUUGGGUUCACCGAGAACUUCUUCGUCGUAGUUGAACAACCGCUGUCGGUAUCUGUACCUGCCAUUUUCAAGAAUCACGUUACCAGUUCUCCAAUAGCAGCAUCUUUUCGGUGGUACUCAGAAGAACAAACACAAAUCAAUUUAAUAUGCCGCAAAACUGGAAAAAUCGCACAUCAAUUCGUCGCAGAAGCUUUUUUUUAUCUCCAUAUAAUUAAUAGCUUCGAAGAAGACGACCACGUUGUUGUAGAUAUAUGCUGUUACAGAGAUCCAUCAAUGUUGGACUGUUUGUACGUGGAAUCGGUGCAGAUAUGA